AUGACGAUGCACGGGUUCUGUCUGGACGGCGCCGGCCCGCCGCCCGGCCACCCGGCCUUUUCGGAGGCCGAGGUGCGGUGCGGCAGUGACCGCCUGAAGCGUGAGUUCCUGGCGCCUUCGGUGGCCGGUGACCUGGUCUCCUGCCUGGGCGUCAGUGAGCCUGGCUCCGGCUCCGACGUGGCCUCCAUCCAGACGAGGGCCGAGCGGAAGGGCGAUGACUUGGUCAUCAACGGCCAGAAGAUGUGGAUCACCAACGGCUGUCAGGCCGACUGGAUCUGCCUGCUGGCCAACACCAAUAAGGGCGCGCCGCACAAGAGCAAGUCACUCAUCUGCGUGCCCAUGGAUACUAAGGGCGUGACGAUCGCCAAGCGGAUCGACAAGAUGGGCAUGCGCAGCUCGGACACGGCGCAGAUCUUCUUCGAGGACGUGCGCGUGCCGGCCGACAACAUCAUCGGCGAAGAGGGCAAGGGUUUCACCUACCAGAUGGAGCAGUUCCAGGAGGAGCGGAUGGCCGGCAUCGCGCUCAGCCUGGUGCCGAUGGAGCUCUGCAUUCAGCAGACGAUUGAGUACACGCGCCAGCGCAAGGCGUUUGGCAAGUCGAUCCUCGACAACCAGGUGGUGCACUUCACACUGGCCGAGCUGCAAACCGAGGUGGAGCUGCUGCGGUCGCUGCUCUACCGAUCCGUUGAGUCGUUCGUGCAGGGCGAGGACGUGACGGAGCUGGUGUCGAUGGGCAAGCUGAAGUCCGGCCGCCUGGUGCGCGAGGUGUCCGACAAGUGUCUCCAGUUCUGGGGCGGCAUGGGCUUCACCAACGAGGUGCUUGUCAGCCGCUUUUACCGGGACCUCCGCCUCCUCUCCAUCGGAGCGGGCGCCGACGAGGUCAUGCUCAGCAUCAUUGCCAAGUACAUGGGAACGCUGCCCAAGCCGGGAAAAUAGCCAUGUGCGAGCCGCCCGGGAGCUUUGUGGGACGUCUGUGAGCUCGCCUUUGACUGACGGGCGUGGAGAGAAAUCAUAUUCGGGGAAUGUUACGGCGGAGAAACGUGACACGGUGUGCAUCUGCGCAUUGCGUGAGAGGAGGCUUGGACAAAAAGUUGCGGGGGACUGGUUGUACCGUAUCAACGACCACACAGUUAAGCGUUUGUUGGGCACUGAGCUGGGUUAACAAUAAGUCGUAAUGGCUGCCAUUGUGGAUGGAUUGUCUUGCGCAAUCAAAUUUGCAUUCUUCGAGUCGAAUUUGUGAUGGAUGGAGUUGUUGAUUCUGAUGUGAGCAAGAUAAUAUAUUUUGAUAUAGGUCGUGUUCGAAACAGGAACGUUGGCUUUUAGAAAUGUAGCACGGUUUAGUUCAUUUUUUGUGGUUUCUUCCUCUUCGUUCGAUUUACAAUGGUUAAAAAUGUGGUUUGUGUGACAAGGGUAAUUUUCUCGUGGCACCAUUCGUUUAUUUAGGUGACCCCUGGUUCUCGACAGCGAUGUUGUCCCUUUUGUCUCGCCGAUGUCGAGAGUCUUGUUGAAAUUGGACAAUUAGUGCCAACCCAACUUACUGUUUCAUUGCGCCGGCGUGGCUCAAUUUACUGGAACACUCACUAUGCACGCGAAGUUUGUAGGUUGUUUGUAAAAGAUGCCGUGAAUUCCGUGUUUGCCGCCAUAAGCUUGAGCGAUCAGACAGCUAAUGACGGAAUUGUGUCAUGUGACAGGUAAAUAAAGUAUGUAAUACAAG